UGAACAAUACCGAUUCCUUUCAACUUCAGUCCCAGUUCCUUGUCUUUUCCUACUCCAUACUAUCCCGGCAGGACUAUUGAAGUUCCCCAGAACAACAAACCACGGUCAAUAGUUCCGCCGACCCGCCAAGAUCUUCGUACCCAAAUACUUUAAACAUAGCUACAUCGAACCCGCGGGGCGUGUUCGCGCGUUGUCGUCACAACUUUUUUGUUCACCCAAUUCUACAAGAACCGGAUAACCACCUAUAUCCUCUGCGCCCGCGGACCUAAGAAACCACAAUUACUCCCUCCACCCCCACCGCGGCCCACCAUGUCUGAUCGCGAGUUCGGCGGGAACGAUGAUCUCUCCCUCCCAAAAGCGACGGUGCACAAGAUCGUGAGCGAGAUCCUUGCCAAUGACCCUGGAAUGUCCUUUGCGAAGGACACGCGCGACCUUCUGAUCGAGUGCUGCGUCGAGUUCAUUACGCUCAUAUCGUCCGAGGCGAAUGAGAUCGCGGAGAAGGAGGCCAAGAAGACGAUAGCGUGCGAGCACGUCAAGGCUGCGCUGGAGGAGCUGGAUUUCAGCGACUAUGUUCCUGCGAUCCUCGAGGUUGCUGCCGAUUAUAAGAAACAACAGGCCAACCGAGAGAAGAAACAGACAAAGAUCGAGCAGAGCGGCAUGACCGAGGAGGAGCUCAUCCGUCAACAACAGGAGCUCUUCCGCUCUGCGACCGACAAGUUCAAUGCUGGUCCGCAAUAGCCACAGCACAUACGUUCAUGACAUUUCCAGCCGAAGAUGGAUGCGAAAUAGUUCGCGCAAUUGUGUUCUUCUCCUGCGACUGAAGAAUGCGUGGGCAAUCCACGGGAAAUGUUGUUAAGAUUUACUGACGGCGAAGGGGUCGCAACCAUGUCGCGGAUGGUUACGGGUGUUCGUUUCUCAAAAAGGCGAUUUCUGCAAAUGAAGUCCAAGGCGUUCAGGAUGGGUGCUUCGACACAGCAAAGGCGGCGUUUACGGCUAGAUGGAGCAUACAGAGCCUAUCUACAGCAUGGCUUAUAUUCCGGCCUUUUAUUCACAGCCACUUUUACUUUGGCAUGCAAAUAUAGGAGUUCAUAUCAUCUGUCUAUAUACAUCAAGUUUGUUCAACAGCGUCCGGGACGACGAGAUGCUGUAAAUCACAG